AUGGGAGCCGUCAGACUUCUUCUUACAUUGCCCAGUCGAACAUACACCAAUAUCCUCGAAGGUUCCCCCGCCACCCAUACGCUUCCCAUAUCUAUUCCCCCACAGGGCUCCACCUACUUCAUGUCACCUAUGACCCCUUGCCACCAGCUUCACAGCACAAAUGCUCAGCUUCCUCUCACGCCACAGCAACAAUCCUUUUUAUCACCGAAGCCACAACGGAUGCUGCAAACGCCAGUAUCAGCAUCUAGACGCCGUUUCUUUCCUAGCCUUCGUGUGCACCGUGAAGUGAACACAGAAUCCGAAGCGUCUGUGAACUGA